CGACCAGAACACGUGGUGCGCACUCAAGACCGAGGACGCGCUGCGCCGUCCACGGCGAUCGAACCGCCCCGCCCGACGGGACCAAACGAUCGAGUUGCCGCUGCCUAGUUGCCAUGAGAGGAGUGCAGUGCAGGUGUAGGUGGUGCGCAUCCGCCGCGCGGCCUGGUCGGCCGGUCAACAGGACCCCACGCGGUCUGCGCCGAGCUGCAAGCAUCCCACGGCCGCCACAUCCCCUCCCCGCCCACGACCGCCCAACCCGUCCCCCUCCAAGGCAAAGCCUCCACCAAUCCGCGGCCCUCACUCGUCGGUGCAAGCUGAAAGCGACACCGCAGUUUCGGUUUCCGCUCAGCUGAAAAUUCCGUUCCUCUCAUGUAAUGACCGACGCGUGCGCCGUGCGCGUACGCCCCGCGCCUGUCCCCCAUAAAAUUCGUUAUCUUCUCUAGUGCUUCAGAUUCAGAGCUUCUCUCUACGCGAUUCCAGUUCCCAGCUCUCCAGUCUACCUGAGAACCAAUGCCAGCUUACUGAAGAUUUGAGGUAGCAAGGACAGUAGUUCAGUUCCUGAGCUGCCUGUGGUUGACUCAAGCUACAUGCUCAGUCACUGAGCUGAGCUUACUGAAGACUAACCGGCGACAAACCCAGCUUCUGUCUCUCCCACGAAGAGAAGCUUUCCACUCCAUUACCAUGCCGAGCUCCACGCCCGCCUCUCCGACGGCGAUCUUGCUCCCCUCCGCCUCCCCGGCCUCCCGCCGCACCCCUACUCUCCGCCUGCUCGCCCUCCCCUCCCCGUCCGCGCCGCAAACGCGUGGCCUUUCUCGGCUUACGAGGCGCCCCCGGUCGGCCGUUGCCACCACGGCAAUGCCGGCGCCGGAGCCCAAGGCGCGAGUCCUGGUGGCCGGCGGCGGCAUCGGCGGCCUGGUGUUCGCGCUCGCGGCGAGGCGGAAGGGGUUCCAGGUGCUGGUGCUGGAGCGGGACAUGAGCGCCAUCCGCGGGGAAGGGAGGUGCCGCGGCCCGAUCCAACUGCAGAGCAACGCGCUCGCGGCGCUCGAGGCCGUGGACGCCGCCGCUGCCGACGAGGUUUUGGACGCCGGGUGCAUCACAGGGGACCGCGUCAACGGCAUCGUCGAUGGCGUCUCCGGCUCCUGGUACAUCAAGUUUGAUACGUUUACUCCUGCAGCUGAGCGAGGGCUCCCGGUCACAAGGGUCAUUAGCCGCAUGACGCUGCAGCAGAUUCUUGCUCGUGCAGUUGGCGAUGAUGCUAUAUUGAAUGAAAGUCAUGUGGUUGAUUUUAUAGAUGACGGCAAUAAGGUUACUGCCAUAUUGGAGGAUGGUCGAAGAUUUGAAGGUGAUCUUUUGGUUGGUGCCGAUGGAAUAUGGUCAAAGGUAAGGAAGACACUAUUUGGGCAUUCAGAAGCCACUUAUUCAGGUUACACUUGCUACACUGGAAUCGCAGACUUCGUGCCUCCUGAUAUUGACACAGUUGGGUACCGGGUAUUUCUUGGUCACAAACAAUACUUCGUCUCUUCAGAUGUCGGUGCUGGUAAAAUGCAAUGGUAUGCUUUUCACAAAGAAGCUGCUGGUGGCACUGACCCUGAAAAUGGCAAAAAGAAAAGAUUGCUCGAGAUAUUCAGCGGUUGGUGCGAUAAUGUCAUAGAUCUGAUAGAUGCAACUGAAGAGGAAGCAAUUCUUCGCCGGGAUAUAUAUGACCGCCCACCUACAAUGAAUUGGGGAAAAGGUCGUGUCACCUUGCUUGGUGAUUCUGUCCAUGCUAUGCAGCCAAAUCUGGGUCAAGGUGGCUGCAUGGCUAUUGAGGAUGGUUACCAGCUGGCUGUAGAGCUUGAGAAGUCCUGGCAGGAGAGUGUCAAGUCUGGAACUCCUAUGGACAUAGUUUCUUCCUUGAAGCGUUAUGAGAAGGAGAGAAGGCUGCGUGUUGCUAUUAUACAUGGAUUGGCAAGGAUGGCAGCAAUCAUGGCUACCACUUAUAGACCAUAUUUGGGUGUUGGUCUAGGACCUUUGUCGUUUUUGACGAAGUUGAGGAUACCACAUCCUGGGAGAGUUGGCGGGAGAUUCUUCAUCAAGUACGGCAUGCCUAUGAUGCUGAGCUGGGUGCUAGGUGGCAACAGCUAUAAGCUAGAAGGAAGACCUUUAAGCUGCCGACUUUCUGACAAGGCAAACGACCAGCUUCAUCGAUGGUUUGAGGAUGACGAUGCGUUGGAACAAGCUAUGGGUGGAGAAUGGUACCUCUUCCCCACAAGUGCAGGAAACAGCAAUGGCUUGCAACCCAUUCGUUUAAUCAGGGAUGAACAGAGGUCACUCUCUGUUGGAAGCCGAUCAGAUCCCAGUGACUCUGCUUCUUCCCUAACAUUGCCCUUGCCACAGAUAUCAGCAACCCAUGCUACUAUCACAUGCAAGAAUAAGGCUUUCUAUUUGACUGAUCUGGGAAGUGAACAUGGUACCUGGAUUACUGACAAUGAAGGUAGACGUUACCGCAUGCCACCAAACUUCCCAGUUCGUUUCCACCCCUCUGAUGUCAUUGAGUUUGGCUCCGAUAAGAAGGCCAUGUUCCGGGUGAAGGUGCUGAACACGCUCCCAUACGAAUCCGCAAGAAGAGGGGGGCAGCAGCAAGUCCUUCGGGUAGCAUGAAUGGAGAGAUCAGCGCGACCCCUGUCGUCAGCCACAUUGUACUGUACAGCAUUCGGUAAACACGCGACACUGCAUCACAAAAAGGAGAUAGAAGAUACGUUAAAAAGGAAAUGUGAAUUUUGCAUUCAAACAGAUCCCAACCCAGAUUUUGAACACCAGUCUUAACGAAUUGGAAUUUCAGUUCUACUAAAAGAGCUGAGUUGUACAAUAGGGAGAAUUUCAGUUCUACGAAAAGAGCUGAGUUGUACAAUAGGGAUAGGCAAUUUAGCUGUUGCCGGCUGUGUACACUGUUGCACCAUCACCGAAAUUUUUGUGCAUCAAGAAUGCAGGUUGUAAUUACGGCACGAACACUGUAACGCAAUGGUCAUGUAAUAUACGGAUACUAUAGUGCUUAACCUUGAGUCAGAUAAGAUAUGACGUGUUCGUCGUCGAGCAUUAUCUCGCUGAAACACGAGGAUUUCUUUU